GCCGGGGCCGCAGCCGCAGCCACAGGCGUGCCCCGCCUUCCCCGGGGACGGAGCGGCGGGAGCUGGGGGAACCCGCGCGCGGGAGGAGAAGAAACUUCGCCUCGUAUUGUUGUUUCCCGUCCCUGAGAGCGAGGAACUCUGUCGGGAGGGGGGAAAAUGUCCUUCUUCAAUUUCCGGAAGAUCUUCAAGUUGGGCAGCGACAAGAAGAAGAAGCAGUACGAGCACGUGAAGAGGGACCUGAACCCCGAGGAGUUUUGGGAGAUCAUCGGAGAGCUGGGCGACGGCGCCUUCGGGAAAGUGUACAAGGCUCAGAAUAAAGAGACCAAUGUUCUAGCUGCCGCAAAGGUGAUAGACACCAAAUCUGAAGAAGAGCUUGAAGAUUACAUGGUCGAGAUUGAUAUAUUAGCAUCUUGUGACCACCCAAACAUAGUCAAGCUUCUAGAUGCUUUUUAUUAUGAGAACAAUCUCUGGAUCCUCAUUGAAUUUUGUGCAGGGGGAGCAGUGGAUGCUGUGAUGCUUGAACUUGAGAGACCAUUAACUGAGUCUCAAAUACAAGUAGUUUGUAAGCAGACUUUAGAAGCAUUGAACUAUUUACAUGAUAAUAAAAUCAUCCACAGAGAUCUAAAAGCUGGCAACAUUCUUUUUACCUUAGAUGGAGAUAUUAAGUUGGCGGAUUUUGGAGUGUCAGCAAAAAAUACAAGGACAAUUCAAAGAAGAGAUUCCUUUAUUGGCACACCAUAUUGGAUGGCUCCUGAAGUAGUCAUGUGUGAAACAUCUAAGGACAGACCUUAUGACUACAAAGCUGAUGUUUGGUCCCUGGGUAUCACUUUAAUAGAAAUGGCUGAGAUAGAACCACCACAUCAUGAAUUAAAUCCAAUGCGAGUGUUGCUAAAAAUAGCAAAAUCAGAGCCCCCUACAUUAGCACAGCCAUCAAAAUGGUCUUCAAAUUUUAAGGACUUUCUAAAAAAGUGCUUGGAAAAGAAUGUGGAUUCUAGGUGGAAUACAUCUCAGUUACUGCAGCACCCCUUUGUUACUGUUGAUUCCAACAAACCAAUCCGAGAGUUGAUUGCUGAGGCAAAGGCUGAAGUAACAGAAGAAGUUGAAGAUGGCAAAGAGGAAGAUGAUGAUGAGGAAACAGAAAAUUCUCUGCCAAUACCUGCAGAUAAGCGUGCCUCCUCUGAUCUUAGUAUUGCCAGCUCUGAAGAAGAUAAGCUUUCUCAGAAUGCGUGCAUUUUAGAAUCUGUCUCAGAAAAAACGGAACAGAAUACUUCUGAAGAAAAAUUCAACAGCAAAGUUAUUAAUGAAAAGCCCACAAGUGAUGAACCAGAAAAAGCUGUGGAGGGUACCAAUGAGCAUGUUAAUGAUGCUCAUUUGCAACCCGUGACUGAGUUCCAUAAAAGAGCAGCAGCUGUCAAGGAAAUUGGGAGGGAGGAGAAGAGACCUAAGCUUGAAAACCUACCUGACGAAGACCAAGAAACAGUUGACACUAAUUCAGUCAGAGAAAGACAAGAAAAUAAUAUACUGAUAACUUCAGAAACAAACAUUGAACAGAAUCUGAAAUCUGAGCAAGAAAGGGAUCAGGAAAAGCAACACAUAUUUGAAAAUAAGGCUAUAAAACCUGAAGAAAUUAAAGAUGCUACUAUUCAGACAGUGGAUUUACUUUCUCAAGAGACUGGAGAACAAGAGGCAGAUAUUCAGGCAGUUGACAGUGAAGUUGAACUUACACAGGAAGAUGUUGAAGAGAAAAUGGGAAAAGAUGACAGAACUCAAAAAGAUGUGAUUAACAGUACAAGCAACACAACAGCAGUAAAAGAGGCAGUAGUCACCACUGAGAAGGCACUCAAGAAUAGUGCUGAGGAUGUUCAGACUGGUGAUCGAGAAGAAGUGGUUGAAGAGGGCCAGCAGUUAGUGAGUAAGCCCACAGAGGGUCCUGCGGUUAGUGGUACUGAGGAAGUUCCUAUUAAAGAAACAGUUGAAAUUGAGGAAAUAGAUAAAAAGUUAGAAGGUGAAAGUGAGAGAAAAUUGCUCAACAGUUCUGAGAAUAUAGUGGAGACCAAGGAGGUAGCAGAGGCAAAUGAAGCUGAAAUUACUGAGUCAAGUAGCACUGAUGAAAUCCAGGGCAGCAGUACUGUGAUUCAUACGGACCAGAAAGCCAUUGAAAGUGAAACUUGGGAUGCCCAUCCACCCUCUACUCAAAUAGGCACAGAGGAAAUCCCAUGUGAAGUGCCAAUUGAAACAGAACCUCAGGUUACUGCCACUUCACAGCCCACUGAACCUCAGCCAGUCCCAGUACCUAGUAUUAAUAUCAACUCUGAAGACACAGAAAAUAAAGAGCAAACAGGUGCUUUACUAAAAACUGAAACUGUGCUGCAGCCAGAAUCUGAGAAUCAAAAGGAAAAUGAUACUGAUUCGGGCACUGGUUCUACUGCUGAUAAUAGCAGCAUUGAUUUGAAUUUAUCCAUCUCUAGCUUCCUAAGUAAAACCAAAGACAGUGGAUCAAUAUCUUUACAAGAAACAAGAAGACAAAAGAAAACAUUGAAGAAAACUCGGAAAUUUGUUGUUGAUGGUGUAGAAGUAAGUGUAACAACGUCAAAGAUAGUUACAGACAGUGACUCAAAAACAGAAGAUUUGAGGUUUCUUAGACGACAGGAACUUCGGGAAUUAAGAUUUCUUCAAAAAGAAGAGCAAAGAGCCCAACAGCAGCUCAAUAGCAAACUGCAACAACAACGAGAACAAAUGUUCCGACGCUUUGAGCAAGAAAUGAUGAGCAAAAAACGACAGUAUGACCAAGAAAUUGAGAAUCUUGAAAAACAGCAGAAACAGACUAUUGAACGUCUAGAACAAGAACACACAAAUCGCCUGCGAGAUGAAGCCAAACGGAUUAAAGGAGAACAAGAAAAAGAACUGUCCAAAUUUCAGAAUGUGUUGAAGAACCGAAAGAAAGAGGUUUUAAAUGAAGUGGAGAAAGCACCCAAAGAGCUGAGAAAAGAGUUCAUGAAACGCAGGAAAGAGGAGCUUGCACAAAGCCAGCAUGCUCAGGAACAAGAAUUUGUUCAGAAGCAACAACAAGAAUUAGAUGGCUCUCUGAAAAAGAUCAUCCAGCAGCAGAAAGCAGAACUUGCCAAUAUUGAAAGAGAGUGCCUGAAUAACAAACAGCAGCUCAUGAGAGCUCGAGAAGCUGCAAUUUGGGAACUUGAAGAACGACACUUACAAGAAAAACACCAGCUGCUCAAACAACAACUAAAAGAUCAGUAUUUCAUGCAAAGACAUCAGCUACUUAAGCGCCAUGAGAAGGAAACAGAGCAAAUGCAGCGUUACAACCAGCGACUUAUUGAGGAAUUGAAAAACAGGCAGACCCAAGAAAGAGCAAGACUGCCUAAGAUUCAACGCAGUGAAGCCAAGACUCGAAUGGCCAUGUUUAAGAAAAGUUUGAGAAUAAACUCAACUGCCUCACCUGACCAGGACCGUGACAAAAUCAAACAGUUUGCUGCUCAAGAAGAAAAGAGGCAGAAAAAUGAGAGAAUGGCUCAGCAUCAAAAACAUGAAAAUCAAAUGCGGGAUCUUCAACUGCAGUGUGAAGCCAAUGUCCGAGAGCUGCAUCAGUUGCAGAAUGAAAAGUGCCAUCUAUUGGUUGAGCAUGAGACUCAGAAACUAAAGGAAUUAGAUGAGGAGCACAGCCAAGAAUUAAAGGAUUGGAGAGAGAAAUUGAGACCUAGGAAAAAGAAUUUGGAGGAAGAAUUUGCCAGGAAACUACAGGAACAGGAAGUGUUCUUUAAAAUGACCGGAGAGUCUGAAUGCCUUAACCCAUCAACACAGAGCCGGAUUUCCAAAUUCUAUCCUAUUCCUAGUUUGCAUUCCACUGGAUCUUAACAAUUGGAAGGAUCCUGUGACUGGCUUUGGCCUUUUCAAUAUGUCAUUCUGCCAUUUUUAAUCUUCUGUCAUGGUGUAUAUCAGUGAGCUCAUGAAAAGACAAUCACUUGUCUCACUGUCUAGAUGGUUUUGUUUUUUUGUUUAGUAAAGAUGAAGGCUAAGAUAGAUGCUGGGCCAUAUUGGCAAAGAAGCAUCUUAUAAUUUCUUAAAGUGAUUUUUGUAUAUUAAUCUUAAAAGCUGUAUUCUUAUAGAGAUUGUUACCUGAAAAACUCUUGGAGAUAUAAUGUUAAAAGUUAUUUAAAGAAAAAACUGUCACAUUGUUCUUAGUAAAUAUCUUUUUACCCGACUCUACUGUGGAGAGUUGGAAUAAUUUUCUUGGUGAAUCAACUCUUGUUAAGAUCUGAGUUGCUCAAAAUACGAUGAAAAAUAUUUUAUCUUUAAGUAUCAACAAAGUAUUUGAAAAGAGAAAAAUUUCAUCAAUUUGUCUAAAAUAACCUCUGUAGACAUGAACUGUAAUUAAGGGUGCUAGUUUUAUUAACAUAGUACCUAAAACACUAAAUUUCAAUUGUGUCUAAAGUAGGAUUUUUUUUUUCUAUUUAACAGGAAUAAAACAGCCUUAGUACUUGGCAUUAUCCCUUUUAAAAUCUUGCUAUUAUCAUUUGAUAGAAGUUGUCAUCCUAAAAUACAUGUUGUACAACGUUGGGAAGAUGAAAGAUUAAAGUAGCCCUUAGAUAUCCAAAUAGGAAAUGUAAGACUCGCCAAAUAAAAAGUAAUAAAAUAUAGCUAGCUUUCCCAGCAUAUUUCCUAAAAGACUACAUGAGCUGGUUAAAUGACUUAUCCUAACGUAGCAGAUUUUGGUUGCUAAAAACUAUCAGAGGCCUAUAGACUCUGAGUUAUAUUUAUAAAUGAAUUUUAUGAAAUAAUCUCAAAGGAGACAUUUGUUCAGAAUAUUUUUUAAGGAAUUUAAAUAUUUAGGCAAGUGUCAGAAAUGACUUUUUGUUUUGAAAUAAAGUACUCUAUAUUUUGGUUUUAUUUUGUUUCAUGUUUAAAUUAUUUAAUUUGAUUUGAAUGGGAAAAGCCUGUUAUCAUGUGAUUGCUCCUAGGUGUACUUAUUAAUGAGCUAUUGACUCUUAGCCCCUUUUGAGGCUUAGAAUUCCAAGCAUGUGUCAGGUCAAACAGUAUCAUAAACUGUCCUGCGGUGUGCCAGACAGCACAUUUGUAAGUGAUUCUUGCUGCUGCCAUUUGCCACCUAUUCUCUUUUGAAAGAGUACUAGGUACCAACUUGUAUAUAUUUCCGUUUUUAGUUAUAUUUCAUUAGAGGUUGGUGAGAAACUUAAAUGUAACUUUGUGGGAGCACUGACUCACAUUAUGAAAAUGUAAAUAUCUGUAGCACUUUCUUGGUGUUAAUUUGAAAACUCUGGAUGCUUAUUUUAAUGAUUUCAGUGGUUUAAAAAUUUAAAAUGCACGUAUGACUUUAAUUUUUAUAAUUAUUUUGGCAAACAAUUUACUUGGACAACUCUGUAGGUAGCCUUAACUUCUGGCUAAGUUUGUUUUUAUGUAAAUAAAUAUAUAUAUAUUAUAUAUGAUUGUAAAUUCAUACACUUACCACAUUAAUGUGUUACUGUAUACAGAACUCUUAAUGCUUUAUUCUCAAGUGCUGGGUUGAAAAAUGUUUUGAAAAUCUUUCAGAAUACAUAUCUUUAUAAAAUAAUAUUCAAGAUGAUGAAAAUUGUGUUAUGAACAAGAUAACAGUAUAAUGUUACCAAGUGUAAUUAAUAUUUUAUUUUUAAAGGAGAAAGGUGAAAUGUUUUUUCACUCUAUUGGCUUUUAAAAAACUGACACACCAGGGAAUGGACACUUUUUUCCUCUAUAUGUUAUCUUGAACUAAAUUGUUUGUGGCAAUUUAGUUUAUUCAUAUCAAAUUGUUCAUUUGAUAUGAAUAUAGGAUUUUUUAAUUCUUUAUUCUUUUUCAACUUAACAUUCAGACUAUUGAUUCUUAAAGAGGGUCAGCACAGAACACUGGCGAGUUAACAACUCUUGCAUUUUGCUUAGCAGUGCCCUUAGGGGGCAGGGAUGUAGCUCCGUGGUAGAGUGCAUGCUUUGUAUGCAUGAGACCCCAGUUCAGUCCCUGGCACCUAAGCUCCACAAGAGAACAAUAAAAACUGCCCUGGGAUUCAGUGUUCAUGCUUGAACUCUUUCAAAAUGAUCAUAUUCAUGUGGGUACGGAACUACAAAAUGAUAAAAAUGUAGGGGUUAAAGACUCAUUUUCAGACUUAAAGUUACAUAAAUCUUUUCAAAUAGUGUUUUGUUAUUGAAUAUGCUGUGUAGCUAUUCCUACCCAACUGUUGCUAAGCCCUGUAUUAAAUAGAUAAUAGCUUUUUUUCUUGCAUGAAGUGUAGGUGGGAGUAGGGGAAGGGCAGAGACUUCUUUGAAAUCAAAUCCAUUCCAGAUUUGGUUGUUUUGUUGUGGCAGAAUGUGCUAUGAAACACAUAAAAGAAAUUCUCCAUUUGUGCAGCCUAGUCACUCAGCCCCCACCUUCUCCUGCGUGCUGUGAACACACCAGACCGCCACACUCUGCAGGUUUCCUUUCCUACCUAGUCCUGUCAAUCCAUAAUUGGUUGUGAAUUGCUGAAUUAGCUGCUAUUCUAUAUAGUGUCACAAUUAACCUUUCUCUUGCCCUUUUCUAUGGGGAAAGCUGUAGGAUGAGUAAAGGGGAAAUUCAGAGUGUUUAUACUUUGCAGAGAAGAUAAGAACUUUUUCUGUGACAGGAUACAGCAAAUUGCAAUUCAAUAUAAAUCAAAACCAGAGCUACCUCUAUGUAGUGUUUCCUCAAGCACAAAGCUCUCAGGCAUAUGAGACCCACCCUCCAUAUGAGUGGAAAGUCUCUGAUUUCUUGAGCAUCAGUGAGUUUCAAAAGUGAAACAUGUCUUUUGUACUCUUCUAGUUCCCUUAUAACUAUACUUUAUUCCUUUCCACACUGUGUUUAGAUGACAAAUACUCUUCUGAGAAGCCAGUUCUGUCAUAUCAUUAGCUAGAGAUAGUUAUGAUAAAAAGAAAACUUAGAACUGCAGUGGAAGAGUCUACUUCAAUUCUCAUAGUCUCCUGAUGAAAUACAUUGAUUCUUUACUAAUAAAUGAUUUUUUUGUAGGAAAAAUGGGAAGUUUAAAAUUUUUUUCUUUAAGUUGACGACACAACAGUUCUACUGUUGCUAUUCUGUGGCAGACAUAGUUUUAUAUAGCUUUUAACAUCUCUACUUCAAAAUCUUGAGAUAGAAUGUUACACCAGUUUCGAAUGUUGGCUGCAGCUUUUUGUGAUCCUUCUCUGAUUUGCAGUGUGAUAACUUCACAAGCUGAAAGUUCAGGAAGAAUGUGUAUCGGUCAUGCCUCCUGUCCAUUUGGGAAUAGCACGUCUUUCGGUCAUGGGGUUGACAAAUGGAAAAAUAAAGUUAUUUCUGAAUCUG